AUGUCCGACUUCCUGGGCACGAAACUGACCAACCACGAUGUGAAUGAAGUCAGGAGGGAGUUUCGCAAAAAGAGGAAGCACAACCACAACGAUGAGUACGACUUUUAUGUGUACUACAAAAAUUUGCUAGCGGAAGAAAGGAAGAAGAGGGAAAAGCGCGAAAAAAGUAAAAGGAGGAAGGAAAAGGAGCAGGCUGAAGCAGAGGACCAAUUCCAGCCCAGCAAUUACAUAUCUAGCAGAUACAAACGGAAUGAAGAUGUAACCAGAAAAGGAAUUUAUGACUACAUCGAUGAGGAAGAUAGCAUCUAUGACGACAUAAUCACAAGCGCGCACUUUGACGAGAAGGAGAAUUACGCAGAUGACCUCCAGUUUAGCUUUUUCAACGAGAGUGUAUCCUACGCACUGUUGAGGAACAAUAAUUAUAUUGAUGGUAUUCCCAUCGGAAUAGACAUGGAAGUAUUAAACAGGUACAUGAAGGAAGAUGUAUCUAACAGUAACAGCGCCAAUACGAUUGAUAAACAGGAUUCUCCAACAACGAUGGGUGCUGGUACAUAUGUUACUUCCCCCCUUCGCGCUUUGCCUACCCUUGAUGAGAAGCCAAACUCACAGGUUGAGAAGAACGGCAGGGAGGAGUCGUCCAAUAACGAUAAUACGUUUGAAGGAGACUUUUCCAAAAGGAGAAAACCGAUAGGCCCCAAACUACCAACAAUUUUCGAACAAAUUAGACACAAAAUAGGGGAACAAACAAACACAACGGAGAGGAACGAAAAUGAAUACGUAAACAUUUUAUCCUCCCGAAAUCGUCUCAUUUCGAUAAAAAUGGAAGAACAAAAAACGUUUGAAAAAUUAAUUAAAGAAAUUUAUAAGCCAAAAAAUAACUUCGAAGGGGCCUUUUAUAAAAAGAACGAAAACAGUAUUGACCAAGUGAAGAAGCGCGAAUUUAAUCGCCUGAGGAAGGAUUUCCUUUUACCGCACCGAAGGGGAAUCCACGAUGACGGGUCAAUCGAGGAGCGCGCACAAAUCGAAAUUACAACAACGGGGAGGAAGCAAACUUUUGGCCAAACGGACUAUGAAGACUAUUCGGAUAGCUCCUUAGAAAACGCAUACACGAGUUCAGCACGGAGAAAUGCAAACAAGGGAUAUGCUAUGAUACUCGACAAGAAGAGCAGACAAAGAGAAGACAGUUGCACAAUUCCAUACAGUAGCUUCAGCGUCGAUAUGGACAGCGGUGAGGAGGACGCCUUCGUUUUAUAUAACCCAGGACACCAUCAAGCAGAAGAAAUGCUACUUCAGCGCUCUAAAUAUUAUCGCACACUUUUCGGAAGCAGAAACGUGGAGAAGCCAGGCAGUCGCGCCAGUAUAGACGAGAUGGAAGAUCUAAACAUGAGAUACGCAAAGUUAAUUAACCCUAAUAUGGAGGUUAAGCUGAGCAAAAACGAGCUACUCGAAUUGUAUGCACCCAAGAAGAGCUGGGUACAAACCAGCAAUUCUUUAACGAACGAAGAGAAGGAGGCGCAAAACGAAAUCUACGUUUUGAAAAAUAAAAUAAAUUUUAACAACGACUUGAAGAAAAGGUAUAGGUUUUAUUUUUACUGCAGAAUGAAGGAGGGGAAGAUGAAUGCCGAUGGAAACCUGAACAGACGCGUGGACAACAUUCUGGGCGCAGCGGAGAGGGCAGAAUUUGAAGAACUAAUGGGAAAGCUAAAAGUUUACUACCUCGACUUUUACAACAGAGAAAUUGCAAACGAAGAUGUGAAUACCAACUUCCAGAUCCAGGAAUACGAAUUUGCGAAAGGUCUGUGCGAGAAGCUAGGCAUUUCGGACCCUUCCGCGGGGGACCAAAGUGGCGCAGAAAUGGAAAAACGGUCCAUCGUGGACGAUUUUUUUAAAAUCCCGCAGUUCGUUUUUGACGCCAUUUUUUGCGCGUAA